CUUUGACGCGCUAUUGUUCCCUCUUCUUACGCUUUUGUACAUUUUGAUGCUUGACAGCUGCCCGCGCAUCCUCCUCUUGUCUUAAUCUCUUGCGUCUACCUUUUUGGACGCGAUACCACUUCGAUCAACGAACGCUCAUGUUGUCGCGAACGCGCCGCACUUUAUGUCGCGAGCUCGAAUGUCAUCCCCCAUGAACGGCAGCGGAUACAAUACACCUGACUUACAUAAGGAUGACUUAUCUGACGAAGCUAUCGAGCUCCUCUACACUAUAAUUCACCGCGCCUCUUCAUCGCCAGAUCGAUCCUCGCGCGCGCUCUUCAAUGCCUACGAAGAAGUCCUCGAAGAACACGGACUACUCCCCAGCGACGAUGCCGUACUGCAUAGGUUUCUAUUCCGCAUGCAAAAGGACCGAAGACGAGAUGAGAGUCUAGUCGAAAGGUUUCACAGAGUGCUGGCAGAGUUCGAGAUCGUGAUUGAAGCUGAGGAGGAGAGUGAAGGCGAUGUUGCCUUUGCGACCGGCAAUAUUGCGCAUGAUGGAAACACAACGAACGCCAGGAACGCUGCACGUGCUACGCUAGGUCAUACGGAUAGACUCACAAGACGAGGAAGCUUUGAAAGCUUCUUUGACGGGACUGCGGACAAGGUCGCUGGCAGCGAGGUCAGAGGCGUAUCAAUGAGUAAGAGAAGGAGCUCGCUGAGCCAUGCGCCCAAUGGAAUACUGCCGAAGAGGCGCUCGACAUCAGAUACGGAGGCACUGAGGUUGCAACAGGCGCAUAUCCCCAUUCGUACACGAGUCAAUGGUGUGGCGCAACGACGAGUCUCGUCUGGACAGUACUACGGCCGUCAAAGAAACGCCUCGAUAUCAAGCCGCGGCAGCUGGCGCAUUCGACGAGAUAUUAAUACCUCAGCGUCGCAACAAGGAGUCUACGAGGAGGCAGCCAGCGAGUAUACCGAUCGGACAACCGACUUGGACCUUUCACGCGUGCAGGUUCCAGGCGUGAACGCGCCGAUUCCUGACGACCAAUACGAUCAGCGUGAGACGCACGCGUCCACGCAUUACUAUCAGCAAUUCGUACCAGAGCCAUACCAACCGUCUGACACACGACUGAUGGAUGAAGCCGAAACCUUUGAGCACCAGCGCCUACAUCGAGUAACGCGAGGCUGCAUACAAGCCUGGCGCAAUCGCACGCGAGACCUGGUCGAGAGGCGCUACGAGCAAGAAGCGCUAGCUGAGGCAUUCGAUCGUAGGAUCUUGAUGAAGGUGACACUUGAUCAGCUCCGAGAUACAGCACGUGUGCGCCGCUCGAGCUACGAAACCGACCGCUUCUUCGGUCGCCUCGAGUCGCGCGCAGACAAAGCUCGAAACCUCUUCCUACUGACGAAGGCCUUCACACACUGGGCGAGAAGUGCGGAAGAAGAGGUGCAGCGCACGUCAGUCGCACGGCGACACAUACUGCGCACACGCUUUUUCAACGGCUGGCGCGAGAUCACGGCGAUCAAUGAGCUCAAGAUUCAGCACUUCGUGCUUACUAAGUUCCUGCAGCAGUGGCGCGCAAAGACCGCAACUGUACGUGAGAACGCUCAGUUCGCGGUCACUCUGUAUGAAGAGAAUUUGGCACAGAAGAUCUUCACAAAUUGGUUCUUCCAGUUCUGCGCGAUUGCAGGGUCGGCUUGGCAUAACGACCGCUUGAAGAGGAAUACGUUGAAGAGGUGGAUCGAGCUUGCGGGUAUCAAUACCCAGGAAAACGAGUCAGCAAUCAAGAAAAGUGAGAGCAUCGUUCUGGCUCGAAUGUUGACAGGCUGGAGGCAGAGAACGACGGCUCUGCAGAGUCUAGAGUCACAAGCAGACGAGUUCAGACGGACAGCCCGGCUUGCAUCUGGGCUCUAUAACCUCCGGAAGCAUGCACAGCUUAAGCCAUUGUUGCAGCAAUUUCAAACGCGUAUCGACGGUGGACAGGUACGGACUACUUUCCAAGUUUGGCGGCACACUGCACACCUUUCCCAGCGCGCUCAGCAAGUGGACAAGUUGCGCAUCAUGCGCAAUGCCUACACUGCGUGGAACGAUCGCCUUCGUAAGCAAGCACUGGAGCAGCGAAUCAACGACCGUAUCUUGGUGGAAUGUUUGUACAAGUGGACAUUGGCUUCACGGGUGUCCCUUUUUCAGCGCGUCCAGAAUCGGCAGAUCAAGGAGUCAACAUUCCUUACCUGGGUAACGAAGACAAAUCAGCGCGCAAACACAUUCGAAGCCGCCGAGAGGAGAUUUGCUAACUUUAAGCGCGCGCAGCUUCUGCGCAUAUGUCUAAAGAAGAUGGAAGUUGACACGGCUGAGAAGAGGCGCGAAGAGUGUGCUGUAAUCGCUGAGUACGACUUGAAGCUCAAGCAGCGCAUCUUCGAGAAGCUGAAGGAGAGGUUAGGGCACUUCCAGCAGCUGAAGCAAUGGUCGGCUGAUGCUCGGUUCUAUGUUCUCGGUACGCGCACAUUGAAGAAGUGGAAUAGUGCGACACAGCAGACGCGCAGAAACCGAAGGCGCGAUACCUAUGCGCAGGUGCGAAGAACCGUCAAGACGAAUCUUGUGCACAAGGUCUUCGAGUCCUGGCGGGCAAGGGCAAACACUAUUGUGGAACAAAACGAGCAAGCAGCCUUCAUACUUGAGGCCCGUACCCUGCACACCGCUGGCACGUUGCUGCAUGACUGGCACGACCGCACACUUGCUAUUCAGCAGCUCGACACACAAGCUUCGAACGUCCACACUUUUAAAUUAGGCACCAAGCAUGUCCAAGCAUGGACCCAGCGUUUGGAUGCUCUACAGUCUAUGGACUCACAAGCCGCUGCGCUUCGUCAAGAAAGCACCGAGAUAGCAGCUGCAGGAGCUCUCAAGAAGCUCGGCUGGCGAUUGUGGAACGUCCAGCGACAAGAAGAGACAUCAAGGGCGCUGUUCGAACGCAACUUCGAGAAGCAUGUUCGUGCAAUGAUACGCUUCUGGCACGACCAAACAGCCGAGCGCCUCGCCAAUCGACCUGUCUCGCCGACGCCCACACGAAGCUCGAGAGGUGGGCGGGGGAGUCCAGAUGACGACCACACCCGAUUCAACGAUGAUCAUGGAGAUGGCGACGAAGACGAACAGGUGAGUCUCGACAACGCCGGCGACGAGACACGCCGUCUCGAAGCAUGGACAGCGUUCGAUGCCUCCGCGCUCGGCCUCAACGACGACCUCGACCUCUCACUCUCUAUCACACCAGAGCGCCAGCGCACAACAAGUUACCCUCUCGCUCCACCAGCAUCAUCACCAAAACCUCCAUCCUCAACCCGCCCGCCGACUUCACGGCCACGCACGUUCCCACAGUCUGCUUCCGCUCUGCGACCACCACCCGCGCCCGAACCUGUCUCACCAGACCUCGAGUUUGCCGAAGACGAGCGCAGCACUUUUUGGGCCGGCACACCCGCCUACCCACCCCCAACGACCAGCAAGCUCAAAGGCGCAGGCUACCUCAAAACACCCAGCAAGCGCGCCGUGGUACGUGCCAAGCGGCCAGAGCUGCCCUCGAGCCCUGAGAAGCGCGUUGUGAGACUGGGCGCAAUGAGCGCACCGCCUGUGCAGAUGAAUAGGGAGUUUGGCAUGGCAGGGGGUAACGGUGGCACUGGCGGUGGGGCUGUGAGCGGUGUCACGAGUUUCCAGAGGAGGCUGAGAGAGGGCGGGUUCGGUGUGAGUGUUGGACCGUCCGCUGCGGUGCCGAAUAGUGCUUUGAAGGGUGCGAGAGGGAGAGCGGUCGGUGGGAGGGGGAGAGUGGGGUUUGGGGAUGUCAGUCAGUUUGGAUAGGGGUGUUGUACAUUCGUUGAUUAGUGUCGCGAUGGAUACAAGAAUAUGUGCUCAGCUUGUAUCGACCGGUGAGCGAAGCGGGUUGUGACACAUACAUUUGCAUCAUUUUGC